UGGCUGCAGUGCUGCCUUAGCCCGGCAUGGGGGAUGGAGGCAGCAAGUUUCAGCUCUAAGCGGCCACCGCCGCAAGGCCGUGAGAGGAGUUCUGGAGUCGGCACGGGGGAUACAGGAUGGAGCCCCGGGGAUUUCAGUUUUUCUGACUGUUAAAUGAGAGGAUGAUUGCUCACAAACAGAAAAAGGCAAAGAAAAAACGUGUUUGGGCAUCAGGCCAACUCUCUGCUGCUAUUACACCUUCUGAAAUGGGGCUCAAGUCUGUAAGUUCCAACUCCGUUUUUGAUCCGGAAUACAUCAAGGAGCUGGUGAAUGAUAUCAGGAAGUUCUCCCAUAUGCUACUAUAUUUGAAAGAAGCUAUCCUUUCAGACUGUUUUAAAGAAGCCAUUCAUAUACGUCUGGAUGAACUUCUCCGUGUUUUAAAAUCUAUAAUGAAUAAGCAUCAGAACCUCAAUUCUGUAGAUCUUCACAAUGCUGCAGAAACGCUUGCUGCAAAAGUGAAAGCUGUGAACUUUACAGAAGUUAAUGAAGAAAACAAAAACUGUCUAUUUCAAGAAGUAUUUUCCUCCAUUGAAACUUUGGCAUUUACCUUUGGAAAUAUCCUCACAAACUUCCUCAUGGGAGAUGUGGGCAAUGAUUCAGUACUGCGACUGCCUGUUUCUCGAGGAAGUAAGUCUUUUGAAAACAUUUCUGUGGACUCAGUGGACAUACCCAAUGAAAAAGGAAAUUUCUCCCCUAUAGAACUAGACAACUUGCUGUUAAAGAACACUGAUUCUAUAGAAUUGGCUUUGUCAUAUGCUAAAACAUGGUCAAAAUAUACCAAGAACAUAGUGUCCUGGGUUGAAAAAAAGCUCAACUUGGAAUUGGAGUCCACUAGAAAUAUUGUAAAAUUGGCAGAGGCAACUAGAUCUAGCAUUGGAAUACAAGAGUUUAUGCCACUGCAGUCUCUAUUUACCAACGCUCUUCUCAAUGACAUACACAGCAGCAACCUUUUACAACAGACAAUUGCAGCUCUCCAAGCCAACAAAUUUGUACAGCCUCUACUUGGGAGAAAGAAUGAGAUGGAAAAGCAAAGGAAAGAAAUAAAAGAACUUUGGAAGCAGCAACAGAAUAAACUGCUUGAAACAGAGACAGCUCUCAAAAAGGCGAAAUUGCUAUGUAUUCAGCGGCAAGAUGAAUAUGAAAAGGCAAAGUCUUCCAUGUUUCGUGCAGAAGAGGAGCAGCUAAGUUCAAGUGCUGGACUAGCAAAAAAUCUCAACAAGCAACUAGAAAAAAAGCGAAGGCUGGAAGAAGAGGCUCUUCAAAAGGUAGAAGAAGCAAACGAGCACUACAAAAUUUGUGUAACAAAUGUUGAAGAACGGCGGAAUGAUCUAGAAAAUACCAAGAGAGAAAUAUUAACACAACUUCGGACACUUGUUUUCCAGUGUGAUCUUACCCUUAAAGCUGUAACAGUUAACCUCUUCCAUAUGCAGCAACUACAGGCUGCAUCCCUUGCCAACAGCUUACAGUCUCUCUGUGACAGUGCCAAACUCUAUGAUCCAGGUCAAGAAUAUAGUGAGUUUGUGAAGGCUACAAGUUCGAGUGAAUUAGAAGAAAAGGUUGAUGGGAAUGUAAAUAAAAAAAUAACCAGUAGUCCUCAGACACCUGGAUAUGGGCCUGCUGACUCCUUAGAGGAUGUCGCCCGCCUUCCUGACAGUUGCAGUAAACUUGAAGAGGACCGGUGCUCCAACAGUGCAGACAUGACAGGUCCUUCUUUCGUGAGGUCGUGGAAGUUCGGGAUGUUUAGUGACUCUGAGAGUACUGGAGGAAGCAGUGAAUCGAGAUCUCUGGAUUCAGAAUCUAUAAGUCCAGGAGACUUUCAUCGGAAACUUCCACGAACUCCAUCCAGUGGAACCAUGUCUUCUGCUGAUGAUCUAGAUGAACGAGAGCCACCAUCCCCUUCAGAAGCUGGACCCAAUUCCCUUGGAGCAUUUAAGAAGACGUUGAUGUCAAAGGCAGCUCUCACUCACAAGUUUCGCAAGUUGAGAUCCCCCACAAAAUGUAGGGAUUGUGACGGCAUUGUAAUGUUCCCAGGCGUUGAAUGUGAAGAGUGUCUUCUUGUUUGUCAUCGAAAGUGUUUGGAGAAUUUAGUCAUUAUUUGUGGUCAUCAAAAACUUCAGGGGAAAAUGCACAUAUUUGGAGCAGAAUUUAUACAAGUGGCAAAAAAAGAACCAGAUGGCAUCCCUUUUGUACUAAAAAUAUGUGCCUCGGAGAUUGAAAAUAGAGCCUUGUGUCUUCAGGGAAUUUACCGUGUUUGUGGAAACAAAAUAAAAACUGAAAAACUGUGCCAAGCUUUGGAAAAUGGAAUGCACUUAGUAGACAUUUCAGAAUUCAGUUCACAUGACAUCUGUGAUGUCUUGAAAUUAUACCUACGACAGCUUCCAGAACCAUUUAUCUUAUUCAGAUUAUACAAGGAAUUUAUAGACCUUGCAAAAGAGAUACAACAUGUAAAUGAAGAGCAAGAAGCAAAAAAGGAUAGCCCUGAAGACAGAAAACACCCACAUGUGUGCAUAGAAAUCAACCGAAUCCUGCUGAGGAGCAAAGACCUACUGAGACAGUUGCCAGCGUCAAAUUUUAACAGUCUUCAUUACCUCAUAGUACAUCUGAAGCGGGUGGUAGACCAUGCAGAAGAAAACAAGAUGAACUCUAAGAACUUGGGGGUCAUAUUUGGACCGAGUCUCAUUAGGCCAAGGCCCACAACUGCUCCUGUCACCAUCUCUUCUCUUGCUGAAUAUUCUAACCAGGCACGACUCGUAGAGUUCCUCAUCACUUACUCACAGAAGAUCUUCGAUGGGUCCCUCCAGCCUCAAGAUGUUGUUCUAGCCAGUACAGCUGCUGUUUCCCCUCAGCUUGAUCAAGGGGAUCUUCCAAGACCUCUGUUGUCACCAGAUGAAAGAGACUUGGAUCGCUCUAUGAAACCACUGUUUUUCUCUUCAAAGGAUCAGGAUUCUCAUACUACAGAUUAUGAGAGCAAAGCUUUUGAAUUAGCUACGUCAUUUGAAGAAUCAGAACGCAAACAAAAUGCAUUGGGGAAAUGUGAUGCUUCUCUUGUUGGCAACAAAGUACAUUUGCAUUUUGACCAAGAGCUUGAAUCAGCAUCCCAAAAGAUGGAAGAUGUCUGUAAAAGCCCGAAGCUGCUGCUUCUGAAAUCUGAUAGGUCAGCAAACAGCGUGCAGAGACAUAGUCCAAGGACCAAGAUGAGACCUGUAAGUUUGCCUGUAGACCGGCUGCUGCUGCUAGCAAGUUCUCCUACUGAGAGGAGCAGCAGGAAUAUAGGAAAUGGAGAGUCAGACAAGUUUGGCAAGAAUCCUCCCUUUGAAGGACUUCACAGAAAAGACAACUCAAAUACUACUUGUUCUAAAGUUAAUGGCUUUGACCCGCAAAAUCUACAGAAAUCCUGGGAUAAACAGUAUGAACAGAACAGUUUUACUGCCAAGACUACGAUGAUUGUGCCCAGUGCACACCCUGAGAAGGGAUUGACAGUAAACGUUGUCAAUAAUGAGGACCAUUCCGGUAGUGCCGCCCAGUUUAGUAACCCUUAUACAGAUCCAGCCAGGUCGGCAAGAGACACAUCAGAACGGAGGUCCUCUGAUUGCUGUCCUGUCGCUGCUCUCAGAGCACCCAGAACACUGCAGCCUCAGCACUGGACAACGUUUUACAAACCACCUAACCCCACCUUGAGUGUCAGGGGGACUGAGGAGAAAACAGCAGUACCCUCGGCAACUGUGCCCUCAGCAGCUGCAUCUCCUGUCCUGGUGCGCGUUCCCCAGAUUCCUGUGGCAAAACCAGACCCAGACUCUAGGGUCACGUCGGCUUGUUCUGUGCAGUCAAGUGCUCAACCCAAAGAGAACUGUGAGGAGCCUGGCCUGCCUGAGGGGACUCCGGCCUGCCAGAGACCACGACUAAAACGAAUGCAGCAGUUUGAAGACCUUGAAGAUGAAAUCCCACAGUUUGUGUAGGGUUGUCAAAAGUCAAAAUUCAGACUUUCUUUUUUGGGUUUUUUGUUUUUUUUUUUUUUUUUUUUUUUUUUGGUUUGGUUUUUGUUUUGUGAGAGCAAUGUUUGGACAGGGCCCUUUUGUACGGGAUUGCCAAAGCUAUUUGUCUGUGUUGUUUGUUGAUCAUGUAAGAUGGGAGACUGUUCUGACAAGGCUGCAUUUAUGCCUCACUGGAAUGAUCUUUAAAGUUGUAAAGAAAAUGUGUGGAUUUGUGUUUUUUAGAAGUGAUUUUUCCCACAAAAUUAUCCAUUGAAAUUCAUCCUUAAUAUAUGAUAGUUUUUAAAAAGCAGGAGGUUCAGUUGGGGAAAAUCAUUGCGGAGUGAGAUCAAGUGCAUAUUUAUAAAGUAUUUCUGAACACUAGUUCCUGGGCGAUGCUGUGUGCUGUGAUUCCCACACAGUGUCACAGGGCAUCUUUAACCAUUGUGCUUAUAGUUGUAUGUAAGCUUUUAUUUUUUCAAUUGGAAAUUCACCUCUUAAUAUUUACAUAAUGGCCAAGGUGGUUGCCAGUCUGUAUUUAAUUAUAUUUUAAUUGCUAAUUUUUACAUGUGGUUUAGUUGUACCCCAAAAAAUGCACUUAAACCUGAACUGUUUAGUUCUGUUACCUUUUAUUUGGCUGUAGAUGUCUUUAGUACAUUUGGUAGGGCUUUGAGGGUUUUGUUUUGUUUUAUCUCUUAGUUUUGUCUCUGUAAACUUUUGUUUUUCAACAGUUCUGAACUUAUAAAUAUUUUAUAUAGUGGUCCAGAAAAGAUGCUAUUUUCAGAAGUUUUUAAAUUCAGUACAUUUCCUUUUUAUUGCCCGGGUUUUGUUUAAACUGCUCCUUUUAUAAGAAAUGUUUUAACUUACGAAUUAUUUUAUAUACUUUUUCUACCUGACUUUCAACCAUUGGAAAUGUAUAGUUCAUUCAAAUGAGUGAGUUUAGAAAUUUUAGAAAAGUUGUAGGUGAUCACAUCUGUUUCUUUAAAACAAAACAAAAACACCUUGUGCAUUCCUGUUACCAUCUGUGCCAUUGAUUUGUCUAAAAUAGGAUGUAAAAGGGACAAAGUACAGUAGUCUUUGUAUGUAUUAAUUAUAUUAUGCUUUUGUAUGACCUUGUUAUAUUUGAUAAAUAUAUGUACAUAUUCACUUGUUAAAUUA